UUUUCCGGUGACCUGAGUCCGAAAAGGUUCUUGGUCUGAUCAAAGAUUCUGCUUAAAAGGAAAAGUUUGUUAAAAAAAGAUAUUUGAUAGGUUUGUCUGGUCCAAUUGUGUAUGUUCUUGUUGUAUGAAGAGAAACUUUGAUAAAUGGUCUGUGAAAUGGAGACUGAUCAGAUUGAGGAAAUGGAUGUCGAAGUCUUGUCUUCCAUGUGGCCCGAUGAUGUCGGAACUGAAGCUGACAAACAGUUCAACGUUGAGAAACCUGCCGGAGAUUUAGACAUGUUGAAAGAAGUUACCAUCAAAGAGGAACCCACCAUUGCCGAUUUGACCAAGUUACCUGAACUUCUGAAUUCCACUCAUCAGGGCACAUCUCAGAUUACCAACCUCGUCAAACAAUGGAAUUAUAUGCACGACAACGCUUCCCGGCUUUUAAGAGAAGAGCUUUUGAAUCUCGAUAGACAGAGAGAAGAAGCCGAGGCCAAAGAGCUCAAGAUCAUUGAAGAUUACAAGUUUGAGAGCAACGAGCCUGAGAAUGUUCCCGUUUUGGAUGAGACCAGUGAUCUCUUCCGCAAGUUUAGGCAGAAGAAGCGAGAUGUCUUGGUUGAUCGCAAAAAGAUCGAGAUCAACGAGGAGUUUGACACCGUUGCUUACUGGAAACAGAAGGCCUUAAGUUUGGAGAAAAUGCUCGAAGCCAGUACCCAGAGAGAAAGAAGAUUAAUCGAGAAGCUGCAUGAGAGUUUGAAGACUAUGGAGAGUCACGCAGCACCUGUCCAAGAGCUAACUGAGAAUCUUAAAAGAGCUGAAGGUUUCUUGCAUUUUAUACUUCAGAAUGCACCUAUUGUUAUGGGCCAUCAGGAUAAAGAUUUACGCUACUUGUUCAUCUAUAACAAGUAUCCUAGUUUGCGGGAACAGGACAUUUUGGGAAAAACAGACGUUGAGAUAUUCCACGGAGGUGGAGUUAAAGAAUCUGAAGAUUUCAAAAGAGAAGUUCUUGAAAGAGGAAAAGCUUCAAAGAGAGAGAUCACAUUUACGACAGACUUAUUCGGAUCUAAGACGUUUUUGAUAUACGUCGAGCCUGUUUACAACAAAGCUGGCGAGAAGAUCGGUAUAAAUUACAUGGGAAUGGAAGUAACUGAUCAGGUAGUGAAAAGGGAAAAGAUGGCGAAACUUAGAGAAGAUAACGCUGUGAGAAAGGCGAUGGAAUCAGAACUGAACAAGACCAUUCAUAUUACAGAGGAGACAAUGAGAGCAAAGCAAAUGCUAGCCACGAUGUCUCAUGAGAUAAGAUCACCGUUGUCGGGAGUAGUGGGAAUGGCUGAGAUACUUUCAACUACAAAACUGGAUAAAGAGCAAAGACAGUUGUUGAAUGUAAUGAUCUCCUCUGGAGAUUUGGUGCUUCAGCUUAUUAACGACAUUCUUGAUCUCUCCAAGGUUGAAUCAGGUGUGAUGAAAUUAGAAGCUACAAAGUUUCGACCAAGAGAAGUGGUGAAGCACGUGCUUCAGACAGCUGCAGCAUCACUGAAGAAAUCUUUGACAUUAGAAGGAAACAUUACAGAUGAUGUUCCUAUUGAGGUAGUUGGAGAUGUUCUAAGGAUUCGGCAGAUCCUCACCAAUUUGAUAAGCAAUGCUAUAAAAUUUACGCAUGAAGGACAGGUGGGGAUUAAGCUCCAGGUGAUAUCAGAACCAUCCUUUGCGAGAGAGAACGCAUUGAACGCAGGCGCUGAUGAAGAUAAUGGUUUGACUGAGACUUCUGUUUGGAUUCGCUGCGACGUCUAUGACACCGGAAUUGGAAUUCCAGAAAACGCUAUUCCUUGUUUGUUCAAGAAGUACAUGCAAGCAAGUACCGAUCAUGCCCGCAAAUAUGGUGGAACUGGUCUCGGACUUGCCAUUUGUAAACAGCUGGUUGAGUUAAUGGGAGGUCAACUCACUGUGACAAGCCGGGUCAACGAAGGUUCAAUAUUCACAUUCAUAUUACCCUAUAAAGUUGCAACGUCAGAUGAUUAUUCGGAUGAUCAAGAUGAGUUCUCCGAUAUGACGGAUCAUCAAUCUGAACCAGAUGACACAACUGAAGGAUAUUUCCAGUUUAAACCGCUUCUAGGAUCAAUAUAUUCUAAUGGUGGACCGGUCAAUGGCAAUGACUUCUUACCUCAUAAAGUCAUGCUCACUAGUCCUGUUAAGCUCAUCAAUGGGCUAGUCGCUGAUCCUUCUAACAACACUGAACAAAGCGAGACAGUUCAGGUUGAAAACGGUGGUUACGUGGACGAGUCUAAACUCGAAACCAGUUCUGUUCAUUGUCCUGAAUCAGCUCACCAAUAUGAGAAUGGAAAUGGUCGAUGUUUCUCUAAGGAAUCUGAAUCUUGUAGCAGUUCACAAGCUAGCUCAGAAAGUGGAACUUUAGAAAUGGAGUCAGAGCUUACAGUUUCAUCUCAAAGGGAAGAGGAGAAAGCCGAUACAGAUCUCAAAGAAACAUCAAAGCCAAAGAUUUUGCUUGUGGAAGAUAAUAAGAUCAACAUCAUGGUUGCAAAGUCGAUGAUGAAACAAUUAGGCCAUACCAUGGAUAUUGCAAAUAAUGGAGUUGAAGCCAUAAAUGCGAUUAAUCGCUCUAGCUACGAUUUGGUACUCAUGGAUGUGUGCAUGCCGGUUUUGGAUGGUUUAAAAGCUACAAGACUAAUCCGUUCAUAUGAAGAAUCUGGAAACUGGAAUGCUGCUAUAGAAGCCGGAGUAGAUAAAAAGACAUUGGAGAAUGACCAAGUUUGCGUGCGAUCCACAAACCGGUUGCCAAUAAUUGCGAUGACGGCAAAUACGUUAGCAGAGAGUUCAGAAGAGUGUUAUGCAAAUGGUAUGGACUCUUUUAUUUCAAAACCUGUAACGUUGCAAAAACUUAGAGAGUGUUUACAACAGUAUUUGCAUUAAGAUUUCAGAGUUUGGUGUUUGGUAGAUUUAGUGGUUGUGUUGUGUAGAUAAUGUGUAGGGAAAGUUUUGGAGAGCUACUAAGUAGUUCCCUAUUUAGGGAUGUACAGUUCAAUAAAAAAAGCUUGUCUUCUUUA